AUGUGCCACGAUCAUGAGGAAUUUCCGGGCAGCGAGCAAUCAGAAGCUACGGGCGAUGAGGCCGACGAGUUUGACUACGAAGAAGAUGCCGAAUACAUCACCAAAGACGACAUGGAUGACGAUAGCACCAACAUUGUCAGCAUUCCUUCGACCGAGGAAGUUUCUUCCAGGGAACGACUGCUUCAAAGGAUCGAAGAGGAAUUUCUUGGCCGGGUAGAUGCAAUGGUUUACGAUGAAGAUAUCCAACAUUUCAACUGGCUGGGAAAUCCAUUCUAUCAGGUCAGCUCAACCACCCCCGCAGAAUCACUGGCUAUCAUCUGCACUGGGCCUAAAGUUCCCCAAGGAAGUGACAAGUGA